AUGCCACCCAACAAUGAAGCGACCGUCGAGGUCAACAAAGAAGAGCUCCGUCGGGCUGGCGACUUGAUCGUCAUGCGCUUGAUGGAAGUCCAAAGCUACCUCGCCGACCUAGGCAAGGCCUACGUACAGCACGUGAAGAGCAUCACCGACGGUGAAGGCGCCACAAUCGAGCUCCCCCUUGGUCCCACCUUCACUGGUGGAGAUUUCCCCGGCCGCGCCAGCAGCCCCGGAGCCAAGUCCGAGGCCGGCGGCCCCAAGAAGCGCAAGCGCGCACCCGCCGACCCCAAUGCGCCCAAGCGCGCCCUGACUCCCUACUUCCUCUUCAUGCAGACCAACCGUGCCCAGAUUGCCGAGGACCUGGGCGAAAAUGCGCGCCCCAAGGAUGUCGCCGACGAGGGCACCCGCCGCUGGCAGAACAUGGACGAGAAGGACCGCGGUGUCUGGAAGCAGAUCUAUGCUGAGAAUUACGAAAAGUACAAGAAGGAGAUGGCCGCUUACAAGGCCACGAAGGCUGAAGAGGACCACGACCCCGCCGCCAACCAGCUGCAGCAGGACUUUGCCGGCGCGGAGCAGGAGCACGAGGCCGAGGCUGAAGCUGAGCCCGAGCAGGCCCAGUCCGAUGAGUCUUCCGAGUCUUCCGAGUCCGAGUCCGAGUCCCCUUCUCCCCCCAAGGCGAAGACUCCCACUCCUCCCCGCAGCACUGCUAAGCGUCCUCGCAUCAGCAAGGCCAAGGAGGCCGAGACACCUGCCAAGUCGCCUGUCAAGAGAGGCCGCAAGGCGGCUGUUGUUGAGCCUGUGUCCGCUAGCAAGGAGAAGAUUCCUGCUGAUAGCAAGCGCAAGAGUGGCAAGAAGCGCAAGAGCGAGACCUCUUAA